AUGGUACACAUCAGGACGAUUUUGAUGUUAUACAUUGCGAUUUUGGCCGUUGACAAUGUGCUAGUAGAUGCUGGAGAAGCAACGGAAAACAGGAAAGCAAAGUUGUCCGAACGUGCUGAGAUACACAAGAAUGCGUUAAGAUUACGAAAAGAUGAUUUAGAAAAAAAAUUUGGAUCAAUGUCGCCGUCGGUCAAGAAUGAACUAACCCAAAUUAAUUACAUUAUAAUCGACCAUAUCAUCGAAAAUAAAUCAUUCCCAAAGUAUUUGAAAAAUGUGUUUUCCAUAUUAAAAAAAUACGCAGUGAGACAACUUAAUACAAGAUAUGAUAAACUUAAAGAUAUUUAUAAAAAAUGGGAAAAACAAAAUUUCCCAGACAAGAAAAAGAAAGCUCAAGCUUUAAAAAUACUGGAGAAGCAAGCAAAAGAAAAGAAAGCUUUGCAAAAAAAGAAUGAAAAGAAGCUACAGAAAAAUAAAUAA